GAAUUGAAUUGUCAGGCACCCUUUCUACAGCAAGGCAGACACACUCAAUAACAGCACAGACAGGAUUUUCGAAAGAUGAAGUCUCAUUACUUUUUCCUACUCCUUUUCCUACUUUUACCCUGCACGUUUUCCAGCAAAGAGGAAGACCCAACCUUCACUCAUGCACCAACAGAAACACGGUCCAGAUUUGCCAUGCUGGACGACGUCCGCAUAUUAGCCAAUGGGCUCCUACAGCUGGGUCGCGGGCUGAAAGACUUUGUGCACAAGACCAAAAGUCAGAUCAAUGACAUCUUCAAGAAGCUCAACAUCUUUGAUAAGUCCUUCUACGAGCUCUCGCUCAUGACCAGUGAGAUCAAAGAGGAGGAGGAAGAGCUGAAGAAAACCACCACCGUCCUGCAAGCCACCAAUGAGGAGAUCAAGAACAUGUCCUUUGAAAUCAACAACAAGAUCAACAGUAUUCUGGAAGAUCGGACGCAACUACAGUCGAAGGUGGGGGGUCUGGAGGAGAAGCUGAGUGGACUCUCCGAAAGCCUACCUGAAGCAACAGAACUGAAAGAGAUUUCAGCGCUCAAGAAUGUAAUUGAUGCACAAGAGAAAAGCAUCACAGAACUUCUAAAAGCCGUUAAAGAACAAAAUGACCAGCUGGAUUAUCAAAGGAACAAAAUAAUUAACUUGGAAGAAAAGCUCAAAUAUGAUGUUUUCCAAGACUUGAAUGAAAAAUCCCCUUCUUCAAAACCUAAAGAACUAACACCUGUUGGGUACCUUGAGAAGAACUCAACAAGCAAAACCUUCAACACAAAUGGUCUCCCUACUGACUGCCAAGAUAUUUACAAUGGAGGAGAGAAAACAAGUGGUGUUUAUCCAAUCAAGCCAAAUCAAUCAGAGCCUUUUAAUGUGUACUGUGACAUGACAGAAGAGGGAGGCUAUACGAUUAUGCAGCGAAGAAUGGAUGGGUCAGUGGAUUUUGACCAGACUUGGGAAAAAUAUGAAAAUGGAUUUGGCAAUCUUGAAAGUGAGUUCUGGCUGGGUCUGGAGAAAAUUCAUUCAAUUUCUAAGCAAGGAGACUAUAUUCUCCAAAUACAGCUGGAGGACUGGAGAAAUGAGAAACGGUCUAUUGAGUACCAGUUCAGUCUGGAGGGCAAAGAUUUAGACUACAUGAUUCACCUGACACCGAUCUCUGGAAACUUGCCGAACGCUAUGACCAACCAGACUGGGAUGAGGUUCUCCACCAAGGACCAAGACAACGACAACAAGAAAGACUCCAACUGCGCAGAGAAUUACUCAGGUGGCUGGUGGUUCAACGCGUGUGGGGACACCAACCUGAAUGGCAGAUACAUCAGAACGAAGUCCAGGGGCAAGACUGACAGGAGGAGGGGGAUCCACUGGAAACCAGGCAGGGGCAUUUCCUACUCCCUCAAGUCAACUAAGAUCGCCAUCCGCCCUGCCCCUGACGCCGGAAGCUUUCGUUAAGCUGAUGCGCGCAUUUAAAUUUAUUGGCGGUGAAGCUACCGAUGAUUUACAAAUUCUCGCAGUAUUGUGGACGGAAAAACACACAAUGGAUCAGUGAAGCAAGGCUGUCGCAUAAACACAAGUUUUUCAGGCUUUAUCUACAAGCGAUUCACAUAAUGCGUGCUGACAAGCUUUCACAUGGGGUAGCACUGGGAAACACAAAACCCUGUUUUAUACUCUUACAAGCAGCAUCUCACACUGAAGUAUACACAGCUGUGUAUCAAUUGCAUGUGGUUCCUAGCGUUUUUAACUUCACAGAUAAGCUAUUGAUAAGGAGAUCACACCUUAACAUAAACGGGAAGUUCUUCUGUUUAUACAGACACUAAUACAUGUUUAGCCUUGUUUUUUGUUUUUGUAGUUUUCUAACUUAAAAUAUUUAAACAAUCUGUAAUAGAACACUGGUAACAUGAAAAUUUCCAAAUGAUCAAAAAAGAAGUGAUGCAUAAAAGCAAUUAGUUUGUUGGAUCAUGUCUUCAAACAAUACUGGGUCAUAUUGACUCGUUGCAAAGUCGUUGUUCUGCAUACACAACUGUACUGUAUAUUUUGUUACGAAAGGUUGUAACUGUCAUGUUUACAGACGCUUCCUCAUUACCUGGGAAGUAAUAAUAAAUCAUAUUUAUGAAACACAAA